GCCACAAAGCGUGGACGUAUACAGCGCCACUCUUCCUGAGGGAGUUUCGAGCACCUGUUCGGGAACUCGCGCGUUAAAUUGUUCCUGCCUGUGAGACUUGUUACCAAAGGAUUAUUUUAUACAUUACUGAACAAAGACAAGACAUAAUGAAAACUCAGUAACAGUGAAACUCAUAAAUAAACGUAGAAAAUAAAAUAAUUCAAGUGAGCUUCAUAAGUAGUGAAUUAGUGACCCAGAAGCGAAUCGCUUGAUAAAAAGAAGAGUUGGGUCCCCUUGCCAACACUUGUAUGUUUAUGAGUUAAGGCGAACGCGAGGAUACAGCGCAAGACGUCUGUGGAGACACUCGGGGCAGUGUGCGGUAAGUCACUGAGAAAGUUGGGACUUUUGAAAUACCGUGAGGCAGCGACGGUGGUGGUGCCUUGACCACCUCGACUUCCGGCGGUGUAGUCACGGGCCGGAAGUUGGGCAAAAAACGUAGCUUGCUCACUGCCAGCUAUCGUGAGGAGCUAUUGUCGCCAGGAGUGUGUGAGCACUGAGCAACUUCUCGACUCUGGGGGUCUCACCUGUCAGAAUUAACGACAGUUAACUUACCUAGAAGGUCAGAAUUGUGUAUAUUGUGACAAACCUUUAUUAUUUCAAGAGCUGAGAAUAUAUUAUGAAGCUCCUGACUGAAUACUUUUUACACAGAAGUGAGAAACGUGUACUGUGAAAACUUUUAUACGAAGAGCUGUGAGAAUAAAUCUCUAAACCUUACUGUAUCAUACAUGGUGGACCGAGUACUGGGCCACAGGUACAGAGAACUUGUGACUGGUGAUUAAGGACCAGCGGGACAUUGUUGGUGAACAUAACGAGUUGGUGACUAGUGCGGUGGUGAUACUUACCCCAACACUAUUAAAUUAACCCUCCCCUGACGUGUGUGUGUUAAAGUAAACUAAUGACGCAUAAGCAGGGAGGAAUUACAAGCAGGAACAUCAGCAGACCGAUCUCCUGCUUCUGCUGGUAGUGAGUACAGCAGACUACGUCAGCAGUCAGUGGCCCCGCAAAACCCAUUACUAAAAUAGUGACUGGCGCAAGUGGGUGGCUGUUACUCGUGAGAACCCACAGCCAUUGUUCCUGCUGACGAGGCCUGCACCUUUACCUCACUUGGUGUGUGAGUGUCUGUUGUGUGCGCCCCCUCCCCCCUCAGCCCUCCACCACUUUAAAGACAACAAGACGUCCGAAGACAAGACUUUUAUCAAGGAGGGGACGAAAAAAAAUACGUGAAAGGAAGGAUCCAUCAAAGAGGGAGUUUAUUGUCUCCCGUCUAGACCCUGGCAGAGACUGAGAGAAAAUCGUGCGCUCUAGGUUUCCACUGAUGAGAGGAGGUUCUUCUCCUCCAGUGGACACCAGCGAGCUCGUCACCACACGGCCUUACAACACUACUGCUCGUUUAUCUUAGUCGUCGUGUGCACUUGUGAGCGGGUUGCGUGCGCAUGUAGACAGGGGUUGUGUGUGUACAUGACUCGUCACCUGUGUCGUGUGUAGUGAAAAACAGUGAUGCCGGAUUUUCGCUUCACCUGACGGAGAGUGAGACCGUGAUGGCGUCUAUGUGGUGGAGUGGUGGAGUUCUGGUGGUGGUGAUGGUGCUGAGGCUGGCCACGGCCUCCACCUGUCCGUCUGUCUGCACCUGUAGGUGGAAGAACGGCAAGCAAGCAGUGGAGUGCAGGAACCAAGGACUGAUUAACGUGCCUGACGGGAUCGAACCAGACACACAGGUCCUCGACUUGUCUGGAAACAACCUGCAGACUCUACCAAGACACGCUUUCAAGAGGGCAGGUCUCAUCAACCUACAGAAGAUCUACCUGCGUGACUGUAAGAUCGGCCAGAUUGAUCCAACAGCCUUCUUCCAGCUCACUAACCUGGUUGAAUUAGACUUGAGCGAGAACCUGUUAACGGAGGUGCCUUCACUAUCGUUCUCCCACAUCCAGGCCCUGAGGGAUCUACAACUCCAGGGAAACAGAUUCCGUAAGAUUCGAGGUGACAGCUUCGCCCACACGCCGUCCCUGGUGCGCCUCGACCUUAGCCGUGCGGGUAUCAGAAAUGUUUCACCCUCGGCCUUCCAAUCCUUGUCGCUCAUGGAGAAGCUCGAGAUUCAAGGUAAUCAAUUGUCAGAGCUUCCCCCGGCCGUCGUGAAGAAUCUGGAACGUGUACAUGGGCUGCAGGUUCACGGCAAUCCGUGGUUGUGUGACUGUCGUUCCCUGCCACUCUGGCGGCUACUGGAGGAGAAGCGCGUCCCACACCCCGUCUCCCCGUCAUGCACCGCCCCCAGUAGAGUUAAAGGGAAAACCUUCCACACACUGACGCAGGAAGACUUCGCCUGUCCUCCCCAGAUUCUACCAAUUGUGCGUUUGGUGGAGGGCGUGGCGGGAGAGAACGCAACGAUUGCCUGCCCCGUAGGUGGUCAGCCCCCCCCUCAGGUUAUGUGGUAUAAGGGCGAGGCUCCUGUGGUGAACGGCUCUGUGAUAGGGCUUGGACCACAGCGUCUUUACGUCAUCCAAGAGGGUGACAGGAACCUAAUAAGCCGCCUGGUGAUAACAGGUGCACAGGAGACGGACUCCGGCACCCUACGCUGUGUUGCCAUCAACUCUGCAGGCUCGGCGACUGCUAACUUCACUCUGGCUGUCACAAUGAGAGCAGCGACACAAGCUAAGCUGGAUUCAGGUCACAUCGCCGGGAUCUCUGUCGGUCUGGUGGUGUUGGCGCUCAUCGUGCUAGUGGUGGGGUUUCUGGUCCUGGCGCGGGCUCGCUCCAACUCCUCCCCCACCCCAGUGAAGGAUUCUCCCACCACACCUUCCUCGGAGGAAGCCUCUCCUAGCGAGCCAAAUCCCGUGCAAAAACCACCGCGACUCACGGACCUGAACGGGUCUCCGGGCGCGUACGGAUCUUCCACGCUCGGCAACCCUGACGUGAUCAGCGAGGCAGAGCGGGCCGUGCGGGCCGUCAACGGUCACCUCCCCAAUGGCUCCAUCCAGGGCGUGAGUGAGGGCGGUGACUACACGCGUGUGGAGGGUGAUUCCCUCUACCCAAGUGGGCUGUGGCCAGAGGACGCCCCCCCUCAGGAGCCCCUCGACAACACUGAUCCUUCCAAAAUCAUCCACGAGCACUUCAACCCUGGCUACCUGGCCAACGACCCGGGCUACGACGGAUACGGCCCAGUGCACUCCACGCCCUACCGCCCUGGCUAUGAAUCUCAGGAAGACUUUGAUCCACAGAACUAUGGCUAUCCAGCUGACUACGGGCUUCCUAUUCCUGAGGCGGGGCAUGAACGAGAGCCCCGAGGAGCAGUUCCUGGGGCCACAGACUGGAGCAUGGUAGACCUCCAUGGGGCACGGGAGGGGGUGGACUCCAGAGCAGACACCUACGCCUCCAGACAAGACAUGUACGCCUCGCAGCAGGACGUGUACAGCACACGCCAGGACCUAAAAGACUCGCGGCAGGACCUGUACGGGGUGACCAAGGGUCGGCCGCCAGUGUAUGGGUAUCGGCAGGAGGUUUACGGGUCCCGAGAAGAUGUGGCGGAAGGUGCGGAGAGUCCCCAAGGUCCUGCAGGUCCCCUGGGGGAGCGACCAUGGGUGCCGGGGUCCCAGGCGCCGCCCCUGGCCCGCGGGGGAGUCGCCGUCCUUCCUCCUCUCCCCAACGGCAUCGCCAGCCGCAUCAAGGCCCGAGACUCUCCCGACGAAGGGUAUCAGGAGGGCACUGAGGUGUAGCGGGGUCGCAGGGCCCGUCGCAGCGGCGGUCCCUGCUUCCUUCCCCCCACACCAACACGCCCAUCACGCUUCUCGCCCCUUUCUUCCUCGUCCUCCCGCCCGUCACCCCCACGAGCCUCCCCCACUUCUCGGUCCUCCCCUCAAAGCCCCUCCCACAGUGACCUGACGCCGUGACCUGAUAAAUGUUAUGGAAUAGUGAUUUGUUAUGAUGACGUGACACAAGUUACGUGACUCAAUGGUUGAGCUGAAGAAAAGUGUCAGGUAAAUCAGUGUGGAGUGUGACCAUAGUGGUUCAGUGUGGAGCGUGACCAUAGAGGUUCAGUGUGGAGUGUGACCAUAGUGGUUCAGUGUGGAGCGUGACCAUAGUGGUUCAGUGAAAAGCGUGACCAUAGUGGAUCAGUGUGGAGUGUGACAAACUCAGUGAAGGAGUCCGACCUCUGUAAUUAAGAUAGUAUAUUACUCCGUGUUAACUAGAACACCUACAGAUAAAAAUAGCUUUUGUGAGGACAGUGGGGAGAGAGCGUGACUGACGCCAGUAACAGUGUCACUAGUCUCAAGAAGGAGUCCCUCGCAGCUACCACAGGACGUCAGUGUGAGUGUGUCUGUCUCAGCAGCAACAGCAGGUUAGGUUUAAUGAUCCCCCUACAUCUGCCUGCUACACACCUGGGCUCACCUGUGGUGUGGUGAUGUACAUAGCCGAGCCACCGUGUUUGUACCGUACACAAGGUAUUACCAUUGUUAUUUUGAGGUGCCCGACGGCAUCAACACCAAAGACUAGGUCAGUUUGUACCGCUUUUGUGCUUGUGCUGGCGGGUCAGCCCGGCCAGGUCCUAACUUGUCAUAACUUACAGAACUCUUGUGUACAGACCUGUAGUCCUACCUGCCGGGCGCCGCUGGUAACUUUCAUCAAUAAUAAUAAUAAUGUAUUGUGCGUGAGAUAACGUUGUCAUUGAUGUUGACUGUUUUUUCGAUGCUACUAAACUACUUAUGUCAAAUUUACAAUGGUUAAUAAAGAGGGAGAUGACCAAAAUACUCUUGUGUGUGACGGAUGUAACAUACAGUACUCAGUGUGUGUGGCGGAUGUAACAUACAGUACUCAGUGUGUGUGACGGAUGUAACAUACAGUACUCAGUGUGUGUGUGACGGAUGUAACAUACAGUACUCAGUGUGUGUGGCGGAUGUAACAUACAGUACUCAGUGUGUGUGACGGAUGUAACAUACAGUACUCAGUGUGUGUGGCGGAUGUAACAUACAGUACUCAGUGUGUGUGACGGAUGUAACAUACAGUACUCAGUGUGUGUGUGACGGAUGUAACAUACAGUACUCAGUGUGUGUGGCGGAUGUAACAUACAGUACUCAGUGUGUGUGGCGGAUGUAACAUACAGUACUCAGUGUGUGUGGCGGAUGUAACAUACAGUACUCAGUGUGUGUGGCGGAUGUAACAUACAGAACUCAGUGUGUGUGGCGGAUGUAACAUACAGUACUCAGUGUUGAAUAUAUUAAUUUAACAGAGAAUUAUAGCACAAACUGUCAACUAAUAAGGUGUUUUUUAAAUGUCUUUUGGAGAGAACUUUCCCACUGGCUUUGUUAUUACUUUACCUGUGACCCCUCAUUACCAUACACCUGUGAGGCCCCUCCCUCCUGCCCUCCCCCACCAGCGUCCAACUCUCCCAAGGAUCACCUGACUCACGGAUCACCUGACUCACGGAUCAAUUGACUCAUGUAUCACCUGACUCACGGAUCACCUGACUUGUGGAUCAACUGACUCGUGGAUCAACUGACUCAUGGAUCAACUGAGUCAUGAAUCAACCGACUCAUUUAUCAACUAACUCAUGGAUCAACUGACUCAUGAAUCAACUGACUCAUGAAUCAACUGACUCAUGGAUCAACUGACCCAUUGAUCUGACUCAUUGAUCAACUGACUCAUGAAUUAACCAACUCAUGCAUCAACUGACUCAUUGAUCUCACUCAUGAAUCAACUGACUCAUGUAUCAACUGACUCAUGAAUCAACUGAAUCACGGAUCAACUGAAUCAUGAAUCAAUUGACUCACGGAUCAGGGAGAGACGUUGGCCCCUUAAGGAGUGAUGUAAGGGUCAGGUUAUCCACUACUGUCUUGAGUAUCUGGACGUCAGUUAUCCAGGCUGCCGGUUAACUGAGAUGCUUGUUAUCCCAACAUCCGGUAAUCAAGACAUUGGUUAACUUAAAUCUUAAAUAUCCAGAAUCCAGUUAACCGAGGGGUAUUAACCAGGCCUCCGGUUAACAACAAGAGAGCAAUCGUUAUCCAGUAUCCGGAUAACCCCUUGAGGUUUGUUAGCCGGGAAUGAGGUUAUCAACAAUCAAAUUAACCGAAAUAUUAUCCAGGCUUUUGUUAACCGAGCACUUUGUUAUCCAGGCUGUUCAAACAUCAGCUUAACUAUGGGCUUUAAUAUUCAAGCUUCUAGUUAACCGAAAUCUGUUAUCCAGGAGUCUGUUAAUCAUGAAUCCAAUUAACCGAACUCACUGUUAACCAGAAGCCAUUCCAUCUGUAUAUAGACUAGUUAGCCAGUAGCCGGUUAACUAUUUUUCUCAUUGUUUUGGGUUCGGUAAAUCACUGUCUAGGUUCUUUACCCUGACGUCUCGUAUAACCGGAUCUCGAUUAACCACAGGCUCUGGUGUUCUAGUCAUCCCGAUUAACCAGAAUUCGGUUAACUGUAUUCGUGAUCAUCUAAGUAAGACUAUUAAACGAAUUCCAUAUGCACUAAACGGCUUUGUUAACAAAUGUAUCUUAUAAUCAGUAUUGGGUUAAACAACCUUUCGAUUAACCGGAACUAGGUUAACCGGAGUCGUUUACCCGGUACACUGUUUAAUCAACACCACUUUUGUCUAGAAAUUCGGUUAAACGACUCCGUGUUCAUGUUAUCCAGAGUCCGGUUAAGCAACGUCCCGAUUAACCAGAACUCGGUUAAUCACACUCUUGGACCACCCAGGGUAAGACGUCUCCUUUAUCGGGUGUCUUAUGUCCAUUUAAAGGGAGUGACUUAUUAGAGACGUGUGCCAAAUAUCUUCCUGUCCUGGAUAACAACUUCCCUGCUCCCUCGGUGUAGACUGUAAUCAUCCAAAGUUGCUUAGAGCUUUAAUUAUCCAACCACCAAUUAUCCAGCUCAAUGUUGUGGAGAGGGUAGUGUGUGUGUGUGUGUAAGAUUAGGUCUAAAAUCCAUUAUCAAACACCACGAAUCCCGAGCCCCCCUAAAUCCGAACCCCCUGAAUCGUAAUCCUGAAUCCCUGGACCCCAAACCGAACAUGUAAGUUAUAUUAAAG